AUGGCAAACAUUGGUUGGGACACUGGUCGAAUCCACACCGCUCAGGUCCUGCCUCCCCAGGACGAGGACGCGGGCCUCAACACCAUGAACACCAUCCAGGAGGUCUUCUCGGCCUUCAUUCAGCAGUUCCACAUCAACGGCGUCUACAUCUAUCGUGAUCAGUUGCGUCAGAACGUUAUGCUGAAGCGCCAUUUGCUGGACGUUGACGUCGGACAUUUGAUUGCCUUCAACCAGGAACUGGCCCACCAUUUGACUCAGAAGCCCACAGAGCUUUUGCCUUUGUUCGAGAAGGCUAUUCAGUUACAUGCCAAGAGGAUUAUCAACGUCAACCCCAAUGUGGAAUUCGAGGGCGAAGACUACCAGGUCGUUCUUCACUCGAGUGCAAACAUGAUCAAGAUUCGCCACCUCAAUGCCAAUAGUAUUUCAAAAUUGGUCCGCAUCUCAGGAAUCAUCAUCGCAGCUUCGCCUCUCACCUCCAAGGCCACUUCUCUGACUCUCAGAUGCAAGACCUGCCAAAAGACCAGGAAGUUGCCCAUUCAGGCUGGAUUUUCAGGAAUCAACAUGCCCCGUACCUGCGACCUGAGCGUCGGCGCAGAACCCAACCCCACAGGAUGCGGCUUGGACCCAUAUGUCGUCGAUCACGACAAGUCGGUGUGCGUGGACCAGCAAAUUUUGAAGCUCCAGGAAUCGCCCGAUGAUGUUCCCGUUGGAGAGUUGCCCCGUCAUGUUCUCCUCAGCGCUGACAGAGAUUUGACCAACAGGGUCGUCCCAGGAUCUAGAGCCACUAUCAUGGGUAUCUACUCUGUCUUCCAGACCAAGCCCGGCAGGGGAAACAACGCCAUCGCCAUCCGCACUCCUUACAUUCGCGUGGUUGGAAUCAACACAGAGACUGACGCUUCUGGUCGUAAGAGGAACUUUACCGAUGAGGAAGAGGAGGAAUUCAUUGCCAUGUCCAGGGAGCCUGGUCUUUACCAAAAGUUUGCCAACAGCAUCGCGCCCUCGAUUUUCGGAAACCAUGAUAUCAAGAAGGCCAUUUCGUGCUUGUUGUUUGGUGGAUCAAAAAACGUUUUGCCAGACGGCAUGAAGCUUCGUGGAGAUAUCAACGUCCUCUUGCUCGGUGACCCAGGUACCGCCAAGUCGCAACUGUUGAAGUUUGUUGAAAAGGUUUCGCCCAUCUCAGUCUACACCUCCGGUAAGGGUAGUUCCGCCGCCGGUUUGACUGCUUCGGUUGUCAGGGAGCCCUCAACACGCGAGUUCUAUCUGGAAGGAGGUGCUAUGGUUCUUGCUGAUGGAGGAGUUGUCUGUAUCGAUGAGUUUGACAAGAUGAGGGACGAGGACAGAGUUGCUAUUCACGAAGCCAUGGAACAGCAGACCAUUUCGAUCGCCAAGGCAGGAAUCACAACCAUUCUUAACUCAAGGACGUCGGUCUUGGCGGCUGCCAACCCUGUCUUUGGACGAUACGACGACAUGCGCUCUGCAGGCGAGAACAUUGAUUUCCAGACGACCAUUUUGUCCAGAUUCGAUAUGAUCUUUAUUCUCAAGGACGAGCACAACGAGGGACGGGAUAUGACCAUUGCUCGCCACGUCAUGAACGUACACAUGGACCGACCCAGCGAGACAGCUGCCAGUGAAAUUAGCAUUGAAAAGAUGAAGAACUAUAUCAGCUACUGCAAACUCAAGUCAGCACCCCGUCUGACCAAGGAGGCUGCUGAGAAGCUGAGCAGUCAUUUUGUUGGUAUUCGCUCGACCGUUGGCCACAUGCAGGACAUGGAGGGUGUCAGGACAUCGAUCCCUAUCACUAUCCGUCAGUUGGAGGCUAUUAUCCGUAUUUCCGAGUCGCUGGCCAAGAUUACUCUUUCACCGCGUGCCAAUGAACAGCAUGUCGAUGAGGCCAUUCGUCUGUUCAAGUUCUCUACCAUGGACGCUGUCAACGCCGGUACCAUGGAUGGAAAGACACGUCAGCAGGGUGCUGAGGAGGUUCGCCAUGUGGAGGAGGCUAUCCGUCGUCGUGUGGCCAUUGGAUCGCAGAUCCCAACGGCAGUUUUGGUACGUGAGCUCGAGUCGCAAGGAUACAACUCUCGUAAUGUCGAGAGGGCGAUCUUUAUGCUUGAGAGGCAGGAGGUUCUCCAGUACACUAACAUGCGCAAGAGCGUUCGUCGCCAGCGCAUGUAG